ACGCCGCGACUCACGCCGGGACGCGGAGCGGAGAUUCGAGUGAACGAUCGCGGUGGAUCGGGGCCCCCGAGUUGUUUGCGGCUCUCCGUUGGCAUCGAGUGUUCGGCCGAAAGGGGAGAAGAAGGCGGAAGUGUAGUGUCGUCGCGACGACUCGCCGAAGGGGAGUUAAGCGAGUCAGGCGGAGCGGAAGGACAGAGGAGCCGGAGUUGGAGUAACAGUAACAGGUGGAACACACAGUUUUAAAGUAACCGGAGACGAUGGAUCAAGGUUUCCCGGGGCAGCACACCACCACGACCACCGUGACGACCACCACCACGACGACUCAGCCCAAUAUACGGUUCGAUCCGUCGUAUGCGAGGACAUUGCCUGGCAUGCUGAAGAUCGUGCAAGUGGUACUGAAUCUCUUGGGAUUUAUAUGCAUAACGGUGUCGACAUUCAGCAGCCACAGCCGGGGAGGAUGGUUCAAUACCGUGGCCAUGGGCGGCUUCUGGUUCACGGGGAUCCUGCUCGUCCUCUACCUGUUCCACAUUGUGGAGAAAUUCGCUAGGAUCCCCUGGCUUAAAAUCGAGUUUAUAUUCUGCACGAUAUGGACCGUUUUCUACUUGCUGGCCGCUUCCCUCGCAGCCGAUUACGCGCGCUACACGGAGGCUUUCGGCGUUGCUGCGUUCUUCGGAUUUUGCGCAAUGGUGGCGUACGGCUACGACGCUUGGCUGAAGUUUAAAGCGGCGAAGAGCGGAGCGUUGGCGCAGGGCCAGCACACGCCGAAACAAGUGUCCGCCGUCACCAGUCCGGCGUAUUAGACACUCUGGAGGGAGGAGGGGGAGAAGAGGGCCCACGGCAGGAUGGACCACACCGGUCGACAUCGAUCGGGCCGAUCGAUCGAUCGACACAUAUCGUUACCUUUGUGCGGGGCCAGUCCUUUUUGUAAUUCCGGCGCGUUUCUCUCGCACGUUCCUCUCACGCGGAACGUCAACGCGGCACGCACGAAGCGCGUGCGUAGCACGUGCCCGUGCGUGUGUACGCACGUUCGUCCGCGCCCGCGCACGUACACACGACUUUCCUUUUCGUCUCUAUUUUUCCCUUUUUUUUUGUACUCUGUAACAAGGCAAUAAUCUACACUACGCCGUAGCAUUAACUUGUAUUCUAACAUGUGGAGGAAGAGGGCGACAUGCGGCGCGUUAUCCCGCCGCCGAACAACGAUUGUUAAUAUUUUGUAAUAAUGUUUCGCCGCGUCUUUGCUUUUUCGAUCGACUGUUAUUUAUGCGAUGAUGUAUGUGUACAUGUAUAUAUCUAUAUACGCGUAACAAGUCCUGUAAACGUUGUUGAAUCCGUAAUCUUAAAUUAUUGUUGGAACCGAGGAAGCGACGCUUAAGCAUCGUAGUGGUGGUAGACGACGAUGCUCGGGCGCGAUUUUUAGCGCGACAUCGAGUGCCGUUGCAAGUGCUAGAUCUAUUUUAAUCCUCUGGGCUUCUUGUUCGCAACCGGACCGGUUCAAUUUUAUCUUCAGCGAUUGUUCUUCACGUUUCUGCCAACGAGACAUUUUCCGAUUUUUCUCGUCGAUCUCCAUCCGAGAAUUUAAAUUUGAAAGAAUUUAAAUUUGAGAGAAACGAUUGAAUGGAUAGAUGAAUGGAGCUUAAUGGAGGAUUUAUUUCUGUGCAUGAAACGAUCGCUCAAGAGGAGCCGUUCGGUCGUUUGCAAGCAACAGCAGAGCAUGCAAAAAAUUAAGAUGCUGAGAAUUUUUUCCCCUUUAUCGUCGUAUACGUAGACGUCGUAGACUGUCAUUUAUAGAUUUUCUUAGAUUGUUCGAUAUUGCGCUUUGCAAGCCCCUUAAACGCACGGAGGGAUCAAGAGUGCAGCUGCGACUGCGCGAAUUGUACAGGGGGACGCAAUAAGAUAAUAUAGGCGUGAUCACAUAUACACACACAUACACAUACACACAGACACACAUACACCCACAAAUAAUAGACGCGUUACUUGGCUCGCGACGAUCAUCUGCCGCGUUCGUCAUCAUAUCAGAUCAUCAUAUCGCAUUACUCGGGAACGCGUAAUCUCGCAAGGUGAGAUACUCACGAGAUCAUCUCGUAUACGAAUGAGAAUAAUUUGUUACAAUAUAUAUCGAAGAGUAAUACACGUACACACACACUCUCUCUGUUGCGACUCGCGUAAGCUGUAUAUAAUUUAUUAGUUUUGUUACCUUUAUUCAAGGCUCGAAUCUCUAUAUACAGAUAUAUAAUAACAUCGAUAUAUACACAACACGAUAUACACUUGUAUCAAUGUCUAGUUAAAGAUCUGACGAGAAAUUUGAAAUCUGACGUGGAUAUUAUUAUACAUAAUAAUGAUCGGCGAAAUAAAGUUUCAACGUCGAUAAAUGUAA